AUUGCUAGUUUAUUUUAAGUAUAUUGUAUUGUACUUAAUGAUCAACUUAAUCAUCUAUCAUUCUUAAUUUAUAUUUUGAUCUUAUAAUGUUGCUGCAGCAAUCCUCAUAUGAAAAGUCUGGCUGUAAUCACUGUUGACUGCAUGCAGUUUCUGCAGGUGUCAGUGUGACUGUAGCCGGUAGGAGGGACUUGAUGCUCCAACUUCUCAUUUUGUGUCUCUCUGCUCUCCAGCCAGUCGUCCUGGUCCUGCUUGGAGAGAGACGACGACAUUAGCAGCAUUCCGGGGAAACACCAUGCAUCUUAGGCUGAAAGGACGGCUGGAGCCUCACGUUAUUUCGCUUUCGUAUUUUUGAUUUCCAUUUUUUUGUUUUGUUUCGUAUUUUCUUUCUUUUUUUUUUCUCCUUCUUCUUCUCCUUUUCACCCAAUCUCUGACGCGCAAGGACACUACAGCAUCCAUCCACGGCAGAGCCGCUCACAUAGAGCAUCCUCUGUACAGACGCACCACCAUCCUCCUCCUCCCUUCCUUCCUCCUACUCUCCUCCUCUCCUCUCUCCUGUUCUGUUCUAACCCAGAGGACAUCGGUACCGCUUCUCCCCCCCUUUUGCCCGGAGACAUGGAUCUAUGGUUUCAUUCGAUCCGGAUUUGCUGGUGGAGGGUUUUGUUUCUGAUGAGUGUUUUCCAGGACUAUCUGAGCUCCAUGCUGGACUGCCCGCCGACCUGCAGCUGCUCUCAAACAGAGAUCUAUUGCAAUAAGUCCGACAACGGCAGGUUUUUCCCUUUACUCGCCCUACAAGAUACUGGGAGCAAUGGGACCAGCGUCGACAUAGCAGAGUUAUUCAAAAACAUCACCUCUAUACACAUAGAGAACUGGACAGGACUGCAGACUCUGAGAGACGUCGAUAUGGAGCUCUACACCGGACUACAGAGGCUAACUAUCAUGAAUUGCAACCUGAGGGUGAUCCAGCCUCGAGCUUUCGCUCAGAAUCCACACCUACGCUACAUAAACUUGUCAAAGAAUCCUCUCACCACUCUGUCAUGGCAGCUCUUCCAGCACCUCCAACUCUCCGAGCUGCGUCUGGAUGGCGUGUUUUUUGACUGCGGCUGUGAUAUCCGCUGGAUCCAGCUAUGGCAGCAGAGAGGAGAGGCCACGCUCCACACACAGCAGCUCUACUGCAGGAAUGGAGCCUCCAAGAUACGACUGCACAACAUGUACAUCCACAACUGUGACCUACCAGAGAUCAGUGUGAGCCACAGCAGUGUGUUGGUGAUGGAGGGCGACAAUGUGACGGUGAGCUGUAAUGGAUCUGGAUCACCGCUACCUGAAGUGGACUGGACUGUCAGCGGCCUGCACUCCAUCAACACACACCUGUCCAAUGUAUACUGGCCGAAUAUCCACUCUAUCAACCUGACUCUUUUCAACAUCAGCCGAGAUGACAACAACUUUCAGCUGACCUGCAUUGCAGAGAAUGUGGUGGGGAUGACCAACUCCUCCAUCCAGCUCAACGUACAAUUUCCUCCAGUCAUCCUGAGACUGGCUGAGCCCGAGCAGCGCCACGAUACCUGCAUCGAGUUCACAGUUCGGGGUUACCCCCAUCCCAAGCUGCGCUGGUUCCACAAGCAAAAGGAGAUUCUCCAGAACGAGUACAUCCGAACUGAGAUGGACUUCUACCAGGACUAUCUGGAGGGCUGUCUAACCUUUCAGAACCCAACGCACAUCAACAAUGGCAACUACACUCUGGAGGCCAGCAACCCUCUGGGAACGGUCACCAAGACAGUGUAUGGUCACUUCCUCGUGGACCCGGACAUCGAUGACGAAGACAUAGUGGAACUAGUUCCUUCGCCGCCGUCAGAUGGUGAUUCAGGCAGACCAGAUGAAGAUACAUUUGGGGUUUCCAUCGCUGUGGGUUUGGCGGGCUUCGCUUGCGUCCUCCUCCUUGUCCUUUUUGUUCUCAUCAACAAAUACGGCCGGCGCUCCAAAUUCGGUAUGAAAGGUCCAGUAGCUGUGAUCAGUGGUGAGGAAGACUCUGCCAGCCCUCUUCAUCAUGUCAACCAUGGGAUUAUUACCCCCUGUACUCUGGAUGCGGGUCCUGAUGCGGUUGUCAUAGGGAUGACUCGUAUUCCUGUGGUGGAGAAUCCUCAGUACUUUAGACAUGGACACAACUGCAAUAAGCCUGCCACCCUUGUCCAGCAUAUAAAGCGGAGAGACAUCAUCCUGAAAAGGGAGUUGGGUGAAGGAGCGUUCGGGAAAGUCUUCCUGGCAGAGUGUUACAACCUCAGCCCUACCAAGGACAAGAUGCUGGUGGCUGUCAAGACACUGAAAGAUCCCAACCUGUCGGCAAGAAAGGACUUCCAGAGGGAGGCAGAGCUGCUGACCAACCUGCAGCACGACCACAUCGUUAAAUUCUACGGAGUGUGUGUAGACGGAGACCCUCUAAUCAGUUUUGAAUACAUGAAGCAUGGAGACCUCAACAAAUUCCUCAGAGCCCACGGCCCAGACGCCAUGAUCCUGGUAGACGGCCAGCCGCUGCAGUCCAAUGGAGAGCUGGGCCUUUCCCAGAUGCUGCACAUUGCCACCCAGAUUGCCUCAGGCAUGGUCUACCUGGCCUCCCAGCACUUUGUUCACAGAGAUCUGGCAACCCGCAAUUGCCUGGUGGGCAAUGGCCUGCUGGUCAAGAUUGGAGACUUCGGCAUGUCCAGGGACAUCUACAGCAGUGACUACUACAGGCGUGACAGCUGGGCCAGUUCGGACUUUGCUGGGGGCCACGCCAGAAGUUAUGAAGUAUUUGCCUGCUGGGUUGGAGGACAUACCAUGCUACCAAUUCGCUGGAUGCCCCCAGAGAGCAUCAUGUACAGGAAAUUCUCCACGGAAAGUGACGUCUGGAGCUUUGGAGUCAUCUUGUGGGAGAUCUUUACCUAUGGGAAGCAGCCUUGGUUUCAGCUGGGUAACAACGAGGUUAUUGAGUGCAUAACCCAGGGUCGGGUUCUGGAGAGGCCACGGAUUUGUCCUAAGGAGGUGUAUGACAUCAUGCUGGGCUGCUGGCAGAGGGAACCACAGCAGCGACUGAACAUUAAGGACAUUCAGAAGGUCCUGUUCGCCAUGGGAAAAGCCACGCCGGUCUACCUGGACAUCCUGGGCUAGCAGCGGCCCAGGGUGGCCCGUUCCUCGCCAGACAGACAGAUCGACAGAGACGUACAGACAGACCGACCCACACAAAUCCAGGAAUAACCAAACCAACCUGCUCCACUGUCGAAAAAAAACACCUACAAUGUUUGGGAAGGACUUAAGUGCCUGCAACACUUUUGGAUAUAGUGGAUAAAACGUAUUCAAAAAACACGCACUUUUACAUUUUGUUUACUUGCGUAUAAGAUGUACAGGUUUGAAGAAGACUUUUUUUUUUCCUUGAAAAACUGCAAAAAUACACAGAAAUGGAGACAAAAAGGGAAGUAAAGUGAACUGGCAAUAGAAAAAUGACCACAGU